UCUUGGUACUUGUAUAGCAUUCGUAUAUUCAAUACAUACAUACAUACAGUUCUACUCAUGGCUGCAUCUUUCUCCGUUCCUUCAAUGAUUUUGGAAGAAGAAGGAAAAUUUCAAGCAGAAGUAGCAGAGGUGCAAGCAUGGUGGAACUCUGAGAGGUUCAGACACACGCGCCGCCCGUACUCCGCCCGUGACGUGGUGUCUCUACGUGGCAACCUCCGUCAAUCCUACGGCUCCAAUGAGCUAGCCAAGAAGCUAUGGCGCACUCUCAAAGCUCAUCAAACCAACGGCACGUCUUCUCGGACUUUUGGUGCACUCGAUCCAGUUCAAGUCACCAUGAUGGCUAAGCAUCUAGACACCAUCUACGUCUCCGGCUGGCAAUGCUCCUCCACCCAUACGUCGACUAACGAGCCGGGUCCUGAUCUAGCUGACUACCCAUACGACACCGUUCCGAAUAAAGUUGAACACUUGUUCUUUGCUCAACAGUACCAUGAUCGGAAACAAAGGGAGGCUCGUAUGAGCAUGAGCCAAGAAGAGCGAGCUCGAACUCCUUAUGUUGAUUACUUGAAACCCAUCAUAGCCGAUGGUGACACCGGCUUCGGUGGCGCCACCGCCACUGUAAAGCUUUGUAAGCUCUUUGUGGAACGUGGUGCUGCCGGAGUUCAUAUUGAGGACCAGUCGUCGGUAACCAAGAAAUGCGGUCACAUGGCCGGAAAAGUUUUGGUGGCCGUUAGUGAGCAUAUCAACCGGCUCGUCGCGGCUCGGCUUCAGUUUGAUAUAAUGGGAACCGAGACGGUGUUGGUGGCUCGUACAGACGCCGUCGGCGCGACUUUGAUUCAAUCCAACAUCGAUACCAGAGACCAUCAGUUCAUUCUUGGCGCGACUAACCCUAAUCUCAAAGGCAAAGGGUUAGCCACACUUCUAUCUGAAGCCAUGGCUGCCGGAAAAGCCGGGCCGGAGCUUCAAGCUCUUGAAGACAACUGGCUUUCAAUGGCGCGGCUGAAGACGUUUUCCGACGCGGUGGUUGAUGCAAUCGGAGCAAUGAACAUCCCGGAAACCGAAAGGAGACGAAAACUAAAUGAAUGGAUGAAUUCAUCGAGCUACGAAAAGUGUUUAUCAAACGAAGAUGGAAGAGAGAUCGUCGCGAGAUUAGGCCUUACAAACUUCUUUUGGGAUUGGGACUUGCCGAGAACCCGAGAAGGGUUCUACCGGUUCAAAGGCUCGGUCGAAGCUGCUAUAGUCCGUGGCUGGGCUUUCGCGAACCACGCAGACGUGAUCUGGAUGGAGACCGCGAGCCCAGACAUGGUCGAGUGCACUAAAUUCGCACACGGUGUCAAGACCAUGCAACCGGAGACUAUGUUGGCUUACAAUCUCUCACCAUCGUUCAACUGGGAUGCAUCGGGAAUGACCGAUGUCCAAAUGAUGGAUUUUAUUCCGAGAAUAGCGAAACUCGGGUAUGUUUGGCAGUUCAUAACGCUCGCAGGAUUCCAUGCCGACGCUUUGAUCGUCGACACGUUUGCGAAAGAUUUCGCGACGAGAGGGAUGUUGGCUUAUGUGGAGAGGAUUCAGAGGGAGGAAAGGAACAAUGGGGUGGACACAUUGGCUCACCAAAAAUGGUCCGGUGCUAAUUACUAUGAUCGGGUGCUAAGGACGGUUCAGGGCGGCAUCACAUCGACCGCGGCUAUGGGCAAAGGAGUGACCGAGGAACAGUUCAAGGAGACGUGGACAAGAUCGGGGACGACCGAUAUGGGAGACGGUAGCGUUAUGAUUGCUAAAUCAAGAAUGUAGAACCACCAUCGACAUCGACGAUCGGAGGAUCGACAUCGACGAUCGGAGCAUCGGGAAGCGUGAUAUUUUUACUUAAUUUUAUUUUGGGUUGUUUGAAGCAGAAAUAAUGUUGUAGUCCAUAUGCAUUAUGGAUCAUUUUUCAGUGUGGUGUUUGAAAACAAAUGUCGUCUUGUUUUUGUUUUAUGUUUCAUUUUCAUAUCA